CACGCAGGACGCUGUUAUAAAACCUACUGAAGGCGGCGUCGGCGAUUGCGAGCAGGAACUGGUGGAGCCAUUCCCGCAGAGCAAGAUCGUCACGCCCCCGGACCAUCGGGGCAGCAAUCUGCCCCCCAAAGAGAGCAAGCGCGUUACCUGGAAUGAUUAUUGCAGGGACCUCGCCGACAAGAGUCCCUGCUGGUGGAAUCCUGGCAACCUGCUCGGGCCGCACCAGCGGUCCAUGCAGGCCGGCGCCCUGGCGGCGGUGAACAGCAGCCUGAUGUGCACCCGCCGCGCGCUCGUGCUGCGGGUGGCGGGCGGCAACCUCGCGGACAGCCGGCCGGUCCUGCAGAUGCCGCCAACGGCGCCGGGGCAGGCCGCCAAGGAGGCCUCGGACCUCCCAGCCGUGGUCGUCAUGGCCAACGGCACGCAGGUGCCGGGGGUGGCGCAGUUCGGGAGGGAAGCGCCGAGGCCGCACCGGCUGGCGCUGCUGCCCGGGAUCCACUUGCCAGUCCUGCAAUAUCAAUUCGUGCAGAGUUUGCGGGAGGUGUCCGAGUGGCCACUGUGGCACGUCAUGCGUGUCGCGAAUGACAAGCGGGAGACGCACUUCCCCGAUUCGUCCUGCAGUGCCGACGCGCUCUACUCAUUGAGACAGGUCAUCGAGAACGACGCCCUCAGCACUGCUUUUUCUGGCAUUGACGCUCCAGGCACGGCGUACUCGUUGAUGGGGCAGGCAGUUGCGGACCUCAUCAAGGCAAAAUGUGGAGAGUCUAUUCCUGUGCCUCGCGCCUCCCACAUCCACGCCAUAGAGUACGAUGCUGCCUGUAAGGCCGAGCUGAUGGCGGCCCCCCAUGGACCGCAAUGCCUGUUCAGCAAUAUCGUGGAAUUCGGAGCUGAUGCGAUCCAGCCCUGGCUCUUAAGCGUUGGGAAGGCUGCAAGGCAUAACUCCAAGAACAGCAAGACGAACCAGAAUGCCGCCGUGGGAGGAGUCGGCGUCUACGACGCUCUGUGUCCAACGGUGCUCGCCGGCUUUGCUGUGAAGAAUGCGGCGCACUGCUGCGUUCACGGUCGCACGUGUUUCCUCAAGUCCGCACACGCCCAUAUCGCAGGAACGCCGUGUACUGAUGAAUCCAAAAUGGGACACCAGAUGGGAGGAUUGGACGGCAAUACCACCUUAUAUUUUCUGAUCUGGGUUGGGUUGCGCAUUCGCUUGCAAGAACCCGUGAUUGUGCAGGAGAAUGUCAAGGGCUUCUCCACCGGAUUUCUCACGCACCUCUUGGGCAAAUGGUACGAUGUGGAAGAUGUUGUUUUACAGAGUACGAGCUAUGGUUUCCCUGCGAUGCGCACAAGGAAAUUUGUGGUGCUGACGCACAAGUUCAAAGUUGCUGCUACGAGGUGUUCUUUGACGAGCUUCACACGUGCGCUGGAACGGACAACCAGCCUAACAUGGAAAGCGUUCUUCGUGGAUGACGCCGACUCGUUGAAGGAUGAGCUGAGGUGGGCCCUUGCUAGGAAGCUCAAGCAAGACCGAAAUCUGUCCAAGAGUGAGCAAGCGGCCGAACUCGACGUUGCGAUGGCACGGUUCGACGCUGGUGCCUCCGAAACGUUCGAGAAGCUCCUCUUGGCGUUCGAGGUGGGGACGCUGUCGGAGUACCGUGCUCGCUACGGGGGCAAGCCCUGGUCGUUGCACCAGAAUCCUGCGACAGGCCGCAGUCAUGCGGGAUCGCGAACGGCGCUGCCGUGCCUGAUCAGAAAUUCCAGCCUGAUCUGGGGCGACGACGUGGCAGGUGGCAUGAACAGGUGGUUGACUCCGCGGGAGCUUCUGGCAUCGCAAGGCUUCCCGACGUUCGCGUGGAUGUACGGCGCGGACCAGUGCAGCUUCCUCCAGCCGAGGUGGUGCGUGCUCAGGUUGACCCAUGCCGCGCAGUUCUUUUCAUUGGUAGCACGGCCUCUGAACAUCAGCCACCAAAUGCCGAAGACCCCGCUUGUCCUCGACGUCGCGGUGAUCGAGAUUAGCGACGGGGAGGAGGGCAACGACGGUGCGGCCGGUGAGGAGGCGGCGGCUGAGGAGAUUGCAGAUGAGAUCCACCUGACGUUGUGCUCGAUGGCGGAGCUGCACAGCGAUGCGAAGGGGGGGCCCUGCACCGAGGUCGAGAGUAAGCAGAUCCAGGAGACGGUCUCUCAGCUCAGGGCCAUCGAGACCACGUUCGCCUCCUUGGCGCAGAAUCGCGCAACCAAGGCCGCCGCGAGCCAUGUGCGAUGGGAGUCGAAAGCCAGGCUUUCGACUCCCAUCGCAAAGCGGAGGCCUCGGGCUUUGGGAAAGCCCGAGGACUCCACAGAGUCCGAGCGGCCAGAUCUGAGCUGA